AUGACCAUCCCCAUUGGUGCCCACAGGCUCGUGUCGUCCAACCAGUUCACAGGAGCAGUUCCCAUGCCAGCCUCCAAGGGCCUGGCCACUGUGGACGUGCAGAGCAACUAUUUCUCCUCUGCCCCCACCCGCCCCAAGAACUGCUCCGCUGUGCGCCUCUGGCUCUUUGACAACUGCCUGCCCUCCACCACCACCACCCUGUGUGGGCUCACCCAUGAGCAGCGCAGCAAGGAGAGCUGCGCUGCAUUCUGUGGGGUGGGGCAGGGCGGGGAGCUAUGCAGUGGGCAUGGUUACUGCUUCAAGAAUGACAUUGACCCCGUGGUGGUCUCUUCUACCGCCACCCCAAUGGUGCUGAGUGGCUCGGCGCUGACCUCUGCUGGUGGGGCGCUGCUGCUGACCCCCAAGGCCAACGCCACCUGGGGCACGGCCUUCACAGCCGCGCCUCUCCCCCUCUUCUCCUACUUCAACACCAAGGCCACAUGCGGUUACCAGCUCGCCUUCAACGUAUCUCUUGCCUUCUCUCUCGACCCGGAAGCGGAGGCGGGCGGGGAUGGGCUCGUGUUUGUCGUUGCUGCGGCGCUGCCAGACCGGCUGGGUGGGGUGGGGAAGCGGAGUGUGGCGGUGGAGUUUGACUCGGUGCUGAGUGUGAAGCACAGCGACCCCAACGACAACCACGUGGGCGUCAAUGUGGGCGGCUCACCUGUGUCCCUCGCCUCUGCCACGGCCCCUCUCAUCCUCAACGACGGCCACACCAAGCACGCCUGGAUCCACUACGACCCCACCAGCGGCGGCACCCUCCGAGUCUUCCUCUCCUCCGACCCCGACCAGCCCCCCACCCCAGUGCUUCGAGCUCGAGUGUCGCUCUGCUCCAUCCUGCAGCCCAAGGCGUCAGCUGCUGCAUUCUACGUCGGCUUCACAGCGUCGUCUACCGCUGCCCCACAAGCACACUCCGUCCUCAGCUGGACCUUCACUGCAGGUGUGUGCCUCUCAAACCUGGCGUUGGGGUUUGUGUUGGACGAGGACUCCUUCUCAUCACGGGGCUUCAAUGCUGCCUUCCACUACGCCAGUGCGGGCUUUGACCCCGCGCAGGACAACAGCCCCGCGUGGACUGUCAAGUCCUACAGCACCUGGGUCCUGCCUGAAUCCGCCUGGCCUGUCAAGAACCAACGGGGCUGUGGUGACUGCUGGGUAUACGCAGUGGUGGCAGCGGUGGAGGCAGCCCACAGGAUCGCGAGCAACUGGGCGCAGCCCCCCGUACUGUCGGUGGAGCAUCUGCGCCUCGCCCUCUCCUCCAACUGCGAUGGUGGCUCGCCUACCAAGGCGCUGCAGUUCCUCCUCAACGCCACUGCCCAGCGCAAGGGGCUGCUGGAGGACGCAGUGUACUCGCAAGGCCCCCCCCUCAAGGGGAGAUCGCUGGUUAGUGAGCGGCUGUUGGUUGGUCUGGUGCGGCAGCGCAGCCGAGCAGCAGCGCAGCCGAGCAGCGCAGCCGAGCAGCAGCGUAGCCGCGAAGCCGAGCAGCCGUGUAGCCGCGAAGCCGAGCAGCAGCGCAGCCGAGAAGCUGAGGGUGGUGUGUGGGGGGGUGUGUGGGAAUAG